CUACGAAUGCAGGGGACGAUACACUCGAUGCCAGUCUCAAACACCUGAGACUGUCGCGAAGUGCACGUUCUCUACUACCAGCAUCAUGAACAUGGAGAGCGGUACAGACCGUAAUUCGAUCUCGCAGGAGGCUCUCUAUGCCACCAUAUGGGUGGAAUAUGGCAUCUGUACCGUGGUCAUGCUCCUCCGAGCGUACUCGCAGUUCUUCGUCCUCCGCAAGUUCACCAUCGAUGACUUUGUGAUGCUCGGUGCCUAUGUCUGUCAAGGCGUUGCAUCCGCACUCUGCACCGCAUCAACACACUACGGCCUCGGGGCCAGCGUUAUGAGCCUCAGCUAUAGCAAGAUCGUCAACGUCUUGAAAUUUGUCAUGAUCUCGAUGCCUUUUGGGGUACUUGCGCCUUUGUUCGGUCGCAUCUCCUUUAUCCUCUUCCUCCUUUCGUCGGUUAUCACCGUCCACAACCCGCGACGGAAAUGGCUGUGGGUGCUCGUCGGUCUGCAACUGGUUAUCAAUAUAAUCCCGUGCAUUUUGCAGUUUACGCAGUGUCAACCGGCGAGUGCAUUAUGGGAUCCUCUCAGCCUGAUCCAGAAGUGUCAGGGUGCCGUUGUUGUUCAGAAGUAUGGGUAUUUCCAAGGGGCAUUCAACGCAUUGACGGACCUUAUUCUGACGGUAAUCGGCCUCGUCGUUAUCCUCUCCCUCAAAACCCACCGCUCCAAUAAAAUCGCGCUUUGCUCAAUUCUGUCCUUGAGUUUAUUGGCCAUGAUCGCUGCUAUUCUGAAGACAGUCCAGAUCCGAAUUAUGAAUACCUUUGAGUUUAGCCAAGCCAUGGGCCUCUGGGCAAUCUGGUUCUUAACCGAAGGAACAGUCGUAAUAGUAACGGCUUCUGUCCCCCGUCUACGCGCAAUCGUCGUUCUUGGUCGCCAGCCAAAGUCCUCUUAUACCCCUUACAAUACCGCGACACCGCGGGGUCGGUCCAACAACAUUAACAACAGUGCUGAGAAUGGAAGCUACACUACAAAAGACCAGUCUGUCCGAAAUAAGUACAUUGAUACACCUAUUGACGAGACGGCACUCUUUGAAGAACGCGGGAGGAGCGAGGAUAUCCCUGACGACUUUGAGACUCUGCCUAUGGAGUCGGCGACGGAGUUGAUUCCCGUGAGAGGAAGGUCUGCGGUAUAAUGUUUAGUGUUUAGUCUUUAGGGUUGUACUGUGAUUAACAUGUAUAUUAAUGAGGGUGGUUUCGGUCCUAUGGAUGUCUGAUUACAUUAAGCAAUAUGUUCGGCUGUCUGCCAGUCCUUGUAGGCCGAGUAGUUCCUAAAUGGCCAAAACGGCAACUAAUGCACCAAGAGCGCUGGAUACACUGUAUGGGUUGAUCUUGCUCGCUGCGCCGGUGAACUCUGGACUGUCUGGUCCAGUUUCCGUUCCUCCAGAG